AUGACACGCUCGACCACAGUAUGGGUCGCUACCCUGGCCUUGGCCAGUAUGUCCGGCUCAGGCCCCGUCGGCACAGUCGCAGAGGCCAUGCCGGCCCCGCAGCCGAAGCAGACACAGGGCAAACCUCGAUACUACUUUCCGCGUCACGUAAAGCGCCAAAUCAACACAGACGCAGCUAACGCUACGGCACCCGCAACACCCUCCUCGUCUUCGACUCCUGUAUCCUCGAGCUCGAGC